GCGGCCCAAUAGUUCAACAAUUAGGCCUUAUCACCUUGCUAAUAGUAAGCUGAUUCUGUACACCCUGGGGCUUGCUUCCAGCGCACAAGAAGCCCCGAUCUCCGUCUACACAAAAGCAUUCGAUCUCUGAGUUCAAGGGUGACAAAGAAAUUUCAAUGAGCAUGUCUACACCGCCAAAGACUUGCCCUUCUCAAUUGGUUGUUUUAAACAAGGCAUUCAAAUUGGCUGAGCAAUGGGUUAAGAAUAUGUCCACACCUUUAGUGGAUGAACCAACUGAUGUUAAGUUAGAAGCCCGACCUUCUAGGCUUGGACUGGGUGCUAAAGUUUCACGUCAAUCCAAAAUUGGGCCUUCAAAUGAUCCCAUUGAAAGAAAAUUACAUGCUAAGUUGGAUGCUGGGAAAAGAAAAUCUGCCAAAAGUAUCAAGGAGUCUACACUAUCUGCAAGAAGUGGAAGUGACAAUAGUGAUGAUAGUGAUGAGGAUUUAGAGAGCAGAACCAAAUCAUUUAGCAAGAAGCGUGUAGUUCCUCCAACCUCAUCUCUACAGAGAAACAAGAAACCAAAGUAACUUGCCACCUUACGAAAUAGUAUGUACUAUUUUUCUCAGCCUUGUUAAAGCAGAGUUUAUCCGUUGCAUCCUGUAUGUCUUCUUUCAUUAAGAAGGAAAGGGCAGUGAAAACACCAGCUGCCCUUGUGAAGCUAAACUCUUCACUCUUAAAUGGAAACUGUUAUUGGAAGGAUUCUAUAUGUAGAUCUUUUCUUGUUUAUAAUAUUCCAAAGAAGUAGCUAAAGAUAGAGAGGCGACUUCCACUUCCUAGUUA